ACGAUUAUUUCAGCCAAAAAUGAAUACUCACCAACAAACUCAGAGAAGAUCGAACACAGAAAAUGAUCCUGGAAAUGAAGAUCAUGAUCAUAAACACGAUGGGAAAGGUUGUUGCUCUGGUAACAAAGCUCAGCCGAAGCCGAUGGAUAUUUUUCAAGCUGUGAAGUCGGGGUAUUUGAUGAGAGUGCAGGAGCUGUUGGAGCAAGAAGGGCCUAGUAUUUUCACAGAGCAAGAUGAUAAAGGUCAUACACCGGUCCACUGGGCUUGCCUUGGUGGACUCACAAACAUCGUCAGGAUCAUGGUCCAGUGUAAAGUCCCAUUGGAUACCCAGAGCAAGAAUGAACUUGGUGCUAGACCGAUCCACUGGGCAUGUGUGAAUGGCCACAUAGCAGUGGUAGAUAUUCUUCUCCAGGCUGGUGUAAAUAUAGAUACUGUAGAUAAUAAGGGCUGUUCACCUCUGAUCAUAGCUUGCCAGUACGGCCAGACACAGCUCUCUGGUUACCUCAUGGGUAAAGGGGCAAGGCUUCAACUCACAGACAGAGAAGGGGACAAUGCAUUGCAUUGGGCUGCAUUUAAAGGUUUCUGCGAGCUGACGAGAUUACUAAUUUAUUCUGGAUUCAACCCAAGACAAAAGGAUAACUAUGGUCAGACUCCCCUUCAUCUUGCCUGCAUCAAUGGUGACCUAAACACAGUCAAGAUGCUCUGUGAGCAGGAUGGCGUAGAGGUCGAUUUAGAAGACCAUAACCACAAGACACCCCUACUACUAGCUAAAGGACGUAACCACACAGAGAUCAUGGGCUACCUUGACAAGGAGACAAAGAAUAUAAAGAGUGUCAUACCCAGGAUAGAUCUCAAAACUAUCAUGUUUGGUCCCCCGGGCAAUAGCAAGGCUCCAUUUCUUUUCUUCGUAAUCAGUGUAUUAUUCUGGGGCUAUCCCAUGUAUGUUAUAAGGUGUUUUCCAGCCACAUUUGCAUUAUACCCGGGUUUGCACAUGGUCUUCUUAGCAAACAAUGUCUUCAUGUGGUUCACAUUCUACCAAGCAUACACAAAAGAUCCCGGUUUCUUGCCCAGGAAUUCACCAGAAUAUGACCAGGCUAUCCGACAGGUUGCCCAGUUUGAUGAAUGGAAGCAAGGUCAAAAUCCACUGAGCAGAUUGUGUCACACGUGUAGACUGGUCAAACCUUAUCGCACCAAGCACUGCAGAACGUGUAACCGAUGUGUCCUUCAUUUCGACCACCAUUGUCCUUACAUAUAUAAUUGCGUUGGUUUAAAAAAUAGAACAUACUUCAUGGGUUUUACGACGUCGGUAUCAACGAUGAUGAUAAUGGUGGUGUAUUUUGCUGCAAUCCUAUUAAGGGAAGAGGGAUGGAACUGGCUCUAUCUUAUCGGUAUAAUUGAAGCCGUAUUCUUUGGGUUCAUCGCUACCGGUCUGUGCUCAAUAGGGUGGUACAUGGCCGUGGUCAACACCAACACCAACGAGCGCAUCAACUUCAAGCGAUACAAUUACCUCAAGGACGCCAACGGGAACUACCACAAUCCCUACGACAAGGGCAUCCUCCGCAAUCUUGACGACUUCUUCCGGGGCAAGAACCACAUGACAGACGAAGAGGUCGACCAGUCUAGAAUCUAUGUUGUAUGAUGUUACCACCUGCUAAUCAAACUAUAUUUAUAUUUUUGCUGGGAUGUAGUCGAAGUCGGCCUCGAGGCCACAGUUUGCCAGCCUUGGCUUCGGGCCACAGUAUGUGUACAGUAUCUAUGGGAUAAGGUUUUCUCCAGUGUUAUAUGUUGACUUUGCUGGCUUUCCAUAGUUGCAAUCGAUCAGAUCAAUCACAACUCUUUGUAAGACAGGCCCAUGGUAUUUAGCCAGAACAAUCUAGCUUCAGAUUUAUAUUCCUUCAUUCACCUUACAUACAUGUAGAUGGUUGCCAGAUGCAUUAAUUUUGAAAGGCCCUGUCUGAUCGUUCCAUGCAAGCCUUAUGUGUGACUUGAGGGUAAAAACUUUUUUUAGGGGGAUCGCGAUAUAUAAGGUCAGAAGUCAUGAUGUAGAAAGUCCUUAAUGAAUGACUUUAAAUAUAUCUCUUACAGUGGAAGAGUGAUAAAUGUCAACUGUGUACACUUGAGAAUCUAUAGAUCAACAUGUGGUUAUUUUACUUGGCAUUAAUUAAUUCAUUUAAAAUAGCAAAUAUUUACUAAUAUUGUUAUUAAUAUUGUUAUUCUUCGUAUUAUUUUAAAGGGGUUUGAUAUUUCGUGUUGUUUUUACUAUGGAAAACUAUAUUAGAACCUUGCCACUUUAUGAUUUCCUAUUGAAAUUGCAGACUUCUAAUUUCUUACCUUAUUCAGCAAUUACCUUGUUGUACUGAUAUUUACGCACUACGAGUAUGUGCAAUUUGAAAUGAUAAUCUAAUUUUAUCUCGGGAAAUAUGAAAAUAAAAAGAAAUAUAUAUUGUGAAAGAUUAUAUAUUUGAGUGAUUUGACAUGGUCAAGUACUAAUCAACUUUAUUUAUUUCACUCUGAAAAUUAUUAUUGUCCCUUUAAAAGCAAGGUUCACCGUGAUGACAAGUUGUUUUUGAUAAAAGCAUUAUCGGGGGAAAAUAUUGGUGAAGGUUUUAUGAAAAAUUGCCAAAUGGUAACAAAGUCGUGAAUUUUUUAAAUUAUGAUUUUGUGACGUCACGGACAAGCAGCCGCUCCAUUUAUCAUGUGAUAAAAUUUUUUUGAAUGUCAUUUUCUAAUAAAAUAAAAAAUGAUUAUUUUAAUUUGUGAAGGGAAUAUAACAUUCAGAGAAAUAUUUUUGUUUCAUUACUACAAUUGAAAAAUUGCAAUUUAUGGAAUUCAUGUCAUAUGAUAUACAUGUAUGGGGAGCUUUGUAUAUCACGUGCAUGUAUGAUGUCACAAAUGAAAAACUUUAAAAAUUUAGAACUCUCUUAUUCUGUUGGAUAAAAUUCAGAACUCUUUUAUUCUUGAAAGGAUAUUCCUUUACCAAUAUGUUCCUCUCACUUAUCUGCUUUUAUUGAGUUAAACUACACUUCAAUACAGUCAAGUUGACCUUCCAGGGACCUGUAGCAUAACAAUUUUUUUCCAUAAAAAGACUUUGGCAAACGAAAAUUAUGCCAUCUACACUGUAUAUUAAAAAAAGUUUUUCUUUUAUGUAACAGACCCUGGAUGUUGAAUAAUCGGCCAAUCCAUAACAUUUUUUUUCCAGACUAGAUUUUUUCUAAACGUGUUAUUGAUGUCUUCGAAGUCAUUUUUCACCCAAGUUGAGCAGAUUACUGUCCUCCCUUGAGAUUUCAACUGGGCCGAUUAACAUGUAGAUCUUUAAAAAUUCAUUGUCAAAUAUUUUGUUCUUUUUUUGCAUAAUUCAUACAAAUAUAUCAUGGUGCCUUUACAUGAAAAAAUCACAAUCCCACACUAUUAUAGUUUCCUUCGGAAGAGUAUUACUCUUGCAUUUGUGGGUAAUACCGGAUGGGAAUGUAUUAUUAACCAAGUCUCAUUAUUUAUAUUCAAUAGAUCAUGAUUUAUUGCCAGAUAUUGGGUUAAAAUGAUUUGAUCAUGAUUUACAGGAAUUUGUACUAAUGAUUUGUGUACAUUUGAUGAAAUCAUUUAUGUAAAUUAUUAAAUAGCCUGUAAUACUUGUAUUUAUUCUGCUGUACAUAAGACCUUUUCCCCCUAGGUUUUCUACAGAUGUACAGUGUAUAUUAGUAGUACAUUUUUUUACUAUGUAUUAUUUGUUUUAUUUUGAUGCAUGUUUAAAGGGAAAGCCCACCCCAAUGUCUAGCUGGUGUUCAUAAAAUCAGAUAAUGAAAAAAUAGUAUAUGAUAAAGGUUUGAUGACAGUCUACCUAGGAAUAAAUGAAGUUGUAAUUUUGUGAUGUUUCAUACGAGUAGCUCCACCGUGUGAUAUGUGUUCAUAACUCCAUAAGGUGCCAUAUUUUUAUAAUCAAUGAUUAUAAUUUUUCAUGAAGUAUGAAAUGAAUGAAUUAAUGUUUCUAAUGGUCUUUUAAUGCGAUAUCAUCGAAAACUUUUAGAGAAAUUGGUAUAUAUUGAUUUAUAUCACAUGACUAAUGUUCCUCAUAUGUGACAUCACAAAAUAACAUUAAAAAUACCAAAUUGUUAUUUGUUGAUGGAUUCUACCCAAACCUUCAUUGAUAUUUGUCUGUUUUCAUUUAUAUCAACUCGAUGUAAGGGUGGAAUAUAGAAUUUUUGAGUUUUUGUGUUGGUGAUGGGAUCUGGUGCAAGGUAAAGAAAUAACUUGUACCUGUGACUUGAUGAUAGUAUCAAUACAAUAAACCUUAAAACAA